AUGAGAGGCCUGGCAAAGAAGCGUUCUCGGGAUUUGAUAUCUUUGGAUACGAUCGAGCCGAGCGAAGAAGUGUCGAUUCUAGAGGUAGAAGACGCGGAGACGUCAUCCGGCUCAUCUCUAUCAGACGAUAGCCGUCGUGCUCUCCAUUUUCUAUGCCCUCCACAGGAUGGAUAUCACCUCAGAGUCCCGUCAUUUACACAGAUCAACGAGACACGACCACCCAUGGAACGACCGCCACAUCAACCUGAUGUGAUCGAGAAGAUUCCGAUGCGGGCCAGAUCGCAGAGUUGGCUGAUACGGACACGGCAUCUCAACGAUAGAAAGGAGCCACCCCCUCUAAUAUCGCAUUGUAUGCUGGCCUUCUCGGCCAUCCUCUUCAUCCUCACAUUUCCAUGGUGUCUCUUCUUUUGCGUCAAGGUCGCCAAAGAAUACCAACGGGUUGUCGUCUUCCGCCUCGGUCGUCUUAUUCACGGCGGUACCCGGGGCCCCGGUCUAUUUUUCGUCUUUCCCUGUAUCGACACAUGCAAAGUGGUCGAUCUUCGAGUGCUUUCAUUUGAUGUGCCAGCCCAAGAAAUUCUAUCCCGUGACUCUGUUACCGUAUCCGUCGAGGCGGUUAUAUAUUUUAGGGUAUCUAACCCCGUAAUAUCCGUGACAAACGUAAACGAUGCCCAAUUCUCGACUCGUCUCCUCGCCCAAACGACGUUGAGAAAUGUGUUAGGAACGAAGACCCUCUCUGAAAUGUUAUCUGAACGCGACUCCAUUGCUAGUAUUACCGAAAAAGUGCUGGAUGAGGGCACAGAUCCGUGGGGUGUCAAGGUAGAGCGUGUCGAGAUCAAGGAUAUCCGAUUACCCCACAUGCUAAUGAAGAGUAUGGCUGCCGAGGCUGAGGCUGCACGCGACGCGCGGGCUAGGGUGAUAGCCGCAGACGGAGAGAGGGACGCUAGCCGAAACCUAAAGCACGCAGCUGAUACGAUCUGCAGUAAUAAGGUUGCCAUGCAGUUGCGAUAUCUACAGACACUAAACCGAGUGGCCGCUCAGCGAAACAACACCGUAGUGCUGCCAUUCCCUCUCGAGGUGGCCAGGCACUUUUUGAAGAAAGUUGGGCAUAAAAUGGCC